CAGCGGCGCAGUUAGAGGACGGAUGUGGAUCAAAGCCGCGAUUAUUACAGAAAAGUCAUUAAAAUAAACAAAAUUAAUUGCAGUAUUGGUGAACGUUGAUCUGCUCUGGUUCCUGUGAGACAGCACAAUGCAGUUUAAUCCACACAUCAGCAAGAACAGGAUCAUUUACACUUUCCCCAAGGUACCCAGUCAGAAUUACCAGUCUGCUCCAGUGCACCCGUCUGCGUGCACACAUUGUUAUGACCCACAGGCGUGUCUGCAGAUGAAGGACGACUGGAGCACCAGAGCUAAACUGGCUUUUAAAGACCGAGCUGCCAGACAGCAGGGACUGGACAGAUUAAAGAUGUCGAAGGCAGUGGUGGUCGGGGACCUUAAUGUGGGCAAGACGUGUUUAAUCAACAGGUUCUGUAAAGACGCCUUCGAUCGGGACUACAAGGCCACCAUCGGGGUCGACUUUGAAAUCGAGAGGUUUGACAUCUCCGGGUUUCCGUUCUCUCUUCAGAUUUGGGACACCGCCGGUCAGGAGAAGUUUAAAUGCAUCGCAUCAGCUUAUUACAGAGGAGCUCAGGUGAUCGUCACAGUGUUCGACAUGGCUGAUAUUCAGACGCUGGAGCACACGAGGCAGUGGCUGAACGAGGCUCUGAUGGAGAACGAGCCAAACUCCUGCUUCAUAUUUCUGGUCGGCACUAAAAGAGACCUGCUGUCUCAGGAGGAGCGACAGCGCACAGAGAGGGACGCGGUGAAGAUGGCAUCUGAGAUGAACGCCGAAUUCUGGUCCGUCUCCUCCAAAACAGGUGAAAACGUGCAGCAGUUCUUCUUCCGUGUGGCAUCGCUGGCGUUUGAGGACUCCAUCCUGAAGGACGGUGAGCUCGGCUACAGCGCCGCACGGAUAGGAAACGCAGACGUUCUCAAAGUUGAAAGAGUCCAGACAGAGGCUCAGGAGAAAGAGAAGUCGUGCUGCUGAUCCAACAUCAAAACAGGAACGGAGCAGAAAUCUGGAAAAACGACCUUAUAUAACGAAGUGUUUCCUCACAGACACCUGAGGGCUGGAUGUACUAAACUUUUGGUCCUCGUUUUAGGGCAAAUUUUGGUCUGAGAUGUUAUUUAUUUGGUUAUGCGCCUGGUUAAUGCGCCAUGCAAGGGCUAAGAUGAAAAUUGCGUCCCUGUUUCUUAUACAUUUCCAAACUUGCGAGCAAAAAGUGCAAAAGUUCAUGUCAAAAGAGCUGCACACUCUUAUCUCCUUUUAUCAGUUCCCCCUGGAUGCCAUUUACAGCAGUAGCUCUGUAUGAUCCUGGAAUAAUGUGUUUGUUUAAUUAACACAUUUAUUUACACAUGUACGAUGAGCUACAGCUUUAGUUCAUUAAAUUGGUAGAUGAAAUUCAGAGGCACAGAGACGCUCCACUCUUUAAGUUUGUACAUCAAGCCCCCGGUGCUCUUGAGUCAGUGUGUUUAAGAUCAGCAGCUGCUGUAUUCAGAAACAUCCAGAUGUUAUCAUGGUAUUUUAUGUGCUCAGUAUUGUGCUUUGUUUAACUGCCUAUAUUAUAUAGAAAUAUUAUGGGAUGGGUGUGGAAGGUUCUGGUAAAGGAUGGUGAACAGCUCACUGACCCUCCGUGCUCCAGCGUAAAGAACACGGCGGUUCUGAAUCAUCUGCAGCCUGGAUUUUAUUUUACUGAAGGUCAGAAGAUUCGACUGUUCUGACCAAUGAUGAUUAUGAAAUAGGUCAAAACUUCUGAAUAGAAAACUAAUAAAACUAAUAAAAUUCAGUAUUUUUUAAA